AUGGCCGCCUUGACGUUCAGCCGCAGCGCUGGGCCUCGAGCCUCGGGGCCCUGGGGCCUGAGCCGCUGCAUCCUGCUGCUGCUGCUGCCGCUUCUGACCUCGGACUCCUGCCCGCCCCGCUCUGGCCUCCUCCCUCAGGCGCCACGCGCCCUGCCGCCUCCUGGGGACCAGCAGUGCCGAGGACCCCCCGCAUCUUCUCCCGACGCGCAGCCACUUCCUCCCCAGUCCAUGCCCGCGGACGUCGUGGCUGAGACCCUAGCCGCCCUGUCGGGGCCUGGUCAGGUCUCCCGCUUCCUCUUCUCCCGCCGCCGCAGGCCGCUGCGCAUGCGCUGCGGGCAGGCCUCCCUUUGUGGCAGACCCUGGUGGUCAGAGGACUUGGACGUGACCCGCCAUUGGCCCUGGGAGGUGAGCCUCCGGCUGGAGAAUGAGCACAUAUGUGGAGGGGCCCUCAUUGAACUCAACUGGGUGGUGACUGCUGCCCACUGCAUCCAAGGCACCAAAGAAUACUCAGUGAUUCUUGGCACCUCCAAGCUGAAGCCCUUGCAGCCUGCCUUGAUCCCUGUGAAGGACAUCGUCAUGCACCCCAAGUUCUGGGGCCGGACUUUCAUCAUGGGGGAUGUUGCCCUUCUCCAGCUUCACAGCCCGGCCACCUUCAGCAAGUAUGUGCAGCCCAUCUGCCUCCCGGAGCCCAGCUACAACCUCAAGGUUGGGACCCAGUGCUGGGUGACUGGCUGGGGCCAGGUUAAACAGCGCUUCUCAGCGAACUCCACACUGACCGCAGAGCUGCAGGAGGCUGAGGUGUUUAUCAUGGACAACGAGAAGUGUGACCAGAUUUACCGCAAGAAGUCCCCCAUCCCCCACCUUGUCCCCCUUGUCCUGGGGGACAUGAUCUGUGCCACCAAUUAUGGAGAAAACUUGUGCUCUGGGGAUUCUGGGGGCCCAUUGGCUUGUGAAGUCGAGGGCAGAUGGAUUCUGGCUGGGGUGUUGUCCUGGGAAAAGGCCUGUGCCAAAGCAGAGAACCCAGGCGUGUACACCCGUGUCACCAAAUACAGCAAGUGGAUCAAGAAGCAAAUAAGCAGUGGGGCUCUCUCAGGCCCCCAAACCUCCGCCUGGUUCCUACUCCUGUUCUGGCUGCUGCAGCCCCAGAUGGGUCCUUGAUCGCCCCUCUCUCUUCUUCUUCCUGCUUUGCCUCUGCUGGAUGGGUCCAGAUCAAGGUUAGACCAAGGUCAUGUGUCUGUAUUCAACAGGAGUCAAGGUGGGGAAAGAGUGGCCCCUGGGAGAUGGGGCUCUGCAUUGGAUCCCAGUGGGGAGGGAUGUGGUGGAUGACUAGGCCUUGGGUGACCAGGAGAAGGGAAGUGUGGCCUAGAAGGGCUCUGGAGUUGGGGACCAGGAGAGCAGGAAUUAAAUUUGUACAAAUGUGAGCUGGCUCUGUUCUCUUUUCUGGGUGACCCUGGGGGGUUGAGGGUGGGUGGGAGGGCAGGGACUCCUGGAAUGAAUUCUGUCAGCAGGGUCCCCAGAGUGGAGGCUGAUGGUUUUUACGAUGUCACUAGUGCAGGGGCAUAGGAAAAGGGCCUGGGCCUGAGGCCUCAGUUUCCUCAUCUGUAAAGUGGGCCUGCAGCAAGGGAGCAGCUGAAACAUGCCUCAUAGGCUGACUGUAGGAAGGACUCACCUAAAGUGCUCCAAAUUUAGCUUUCUUUCUUUCUUUCUUUUUUUUUAAUGGCACUAAAAACUGCUUACAGAAGUAUUACAUGUUCAUCAUCU